GCAAGUCGGUAGGACUCGAUUUUCACCUAACCGAUAAUACUCCACUACUCCUACAACUGCUACUCAGACCUUCAAAUCCCUAUGGAGCACAUCGACUACAGCGUCCGCACCAGGACCUCCCUUAACAAUAUACUCACACGACUACAUCCUCAUCGUCACCUUUGAUGACGGCAACGGCAUAGGAGACUUGAUGGGAUAGAAAGGCCAUUUGCGUCUUGACGACAUUUUCGUUAUUCUCGAUAUUUGGCCAUCAUACCCCUGAAUCAAAUUGUGGUUCAAUACGGAUAGGAGCAUGGCGAAGGGUUUACAAAAGCAGCCGAGGAUUCUUACUCGGUUUUUCUUGUUCGAAAUGCUUUGAUUUCGCUUUUCGUGUUUUUGAUCGGCGUCUUUGGCGUGUCACUGGCGCGCAGUCGUAUAUACGGUUGGCGUAAGGGCGUCCGUUCUUUUUUCUCGUUUUGAAAGGCGGUUUCGGUCAUGGAGUUGGGCAGGUGGUCACUUCCAGACAGGUGUCUCGGGGUGUCACGGGAGCCACAUCGGUUUAAGGAGUCGGUCGGCCUUUAUUACCUUUUGUUGUUUGACUGAGGCGUGGCCAGAGGUAAGUUGUGGCCGCGGUGAGCAUGCCAUACACUGACGGUAUCAUGUCUGCCGAAGAAUGGUGCAGGAUAUCCCCUGAAAUGGGUACGGGCGGUUGUGGUGUGUUAUACUACGACGUGUCUCUUUGAGAGAUGAUAUGGGAGGCGAGGCGCCGAGGAGGCGAACGGGAGGCGGCGAAUGGGGACAAUUAAUGGGCCGCACUGGGGUGAAAGUGCGUGUCCAGGCAGGGUUCAACAACCUUCUACUGACGACAAUUUUCGCUCGUCUGGCUAUGGCUUUUCACUGUCGAUGGAACCCUGGUGCUAGACGGCGUGUGCUUCCACUCAUGCACGAACAAUUUUGGCACUCUUGGCAACGUCUUGCUGUCUUGAGCACGAUCAGCAUCUUCACGCGCGGAACGCGAGCUCUUCCUUCACAUCAUCGAUGGCUCUCCAACGGGUCCGUCUCGACCGCAAUCCAGUUCGAGCCCACAUUCAUGGCCUAUUGAAUCCCAUCGCCAUGAAGGUACCGAUUUGGAAAAAUCAGGCGAUGAGGAUGGAGCAAGAAGUCUCCCUUAUAACACAAUCCAAAAGAGAAAAAGAAGAAAAAAAGAAGG